AUGCGGCUGCUAUUUUUCGUUCUAAUAGGAGAAGGCAUGGUUAUAUACGUACAGCCUAUGGAAGAUGUAUUUUCGUGCUUUCUAUACUACCCUAGUCGAUUUUUGGAACGAUCCGGGGCAUACUCAGAAGGUCGGCUGGAAAAUGUGUCAAUAUGUCUGCAGCGGUGCUUAGAGUCAAAGCAGAUGCACAAUUUCGAGUGUCGAUCCGCGAUGUGGAAACGAGACACACACCUUUGUGUUUUGUCGGCCUACGAUCGUACCCAGAGAGCUGACAAAUUCCGGGUAGCAUCGCAAAAUGACAUAGACAUGUAUGAGAAUACUUGUACUGCGGAAAAGAACGCGGAAACAAUGUCAUUUCGUUCCGAUUGGGACCUGAUUCGUACGACAAUUCCCGUGGCAGAAAAGUGGGUUACAACUCCAAGACCAAGAAUAAGAAAAAAGCCAAAACCAAUUAUGGAAGAUGCACCGUUGCGAAGGGUACGGGAACCCAUGCCUUUGGCCAAGACCUUUUACCGAAAACGGCAAGGCAGUGGCCAGACCGGCUCGGGUGCUCAAGAAUACGAUGUUGCUUUACCUAUCCGAAAGCUGAAGAAAUUCCGAAGCGAUCUGGCCAAGACCUUUUCCGUGCCCACAUCACAUUCGGAACUGGUAGUCGACGCACAAGUGGACGGCAAGCCUCGCACGCUGUCGAAUCUGCCAGCAGAACCGUGGCGGUUGCCGCCGAUUCGGAAUAGCCUUAUAACAAGAAAUUUCUUUGCAAACACAAUUAGAAAACCAAACGCUUCUCCUCCACCUGGAAACCAGUUUCCCCGGCCUCCUGACCUGCCCAAGGCUCACAUAGCAACAAGAGAGCUGAACCGAAGUCCUACGCAAUCCGAUAUCCCCAAAAAGCAAGCAGUGCCUAGACUAACUGCGGCUGCUACUGAAAAGCCGUGCUUUACCCGCUACAAGAGAAAAAUAUUGCCCGGAUUCGAUGAGAAAACGGUUACAGGAAUAGACCAAAAUCCUUGCCUCAUGCUGUGCCUUCAUAGUGAUACGUUUUAUUGCGCAAGUGUUAACUACGAUGAACUAAGAAAGAGUUGUACACUAAAUGGUGGAAAUCUACACCUGAAUAAUGCUGUACUGCAACCAUCAACUUCGGAUUAUUAUGAGAACGAAUGCACUCCGAAGACUAGCAAAAGCAAAAGAAACAAAAUAAUCACAUCAACUCCACUACCUUCAACCGAAUGUUUUGAAACUCUCAAUGAGUCCAUGUUGCUCAGUCUCGACUCAAAACUGAUGGAGAAUAUCAAUACGUUAGAAGAAUGCAAGUCUGAAUGUAUGAAGUUUGGCCUGAUACGGCAACAACCUUGCGGAGCCCUAAACUGGCUACCCAGCAGUAAAGGUUGUAUGCUUUUCAAAGCUGGAUUCGACUUGAAGCUUAUUGUUUCCCAUCCCACGGCACAAUUUUUAGUGAACAAAUGUGAGAAGUCUGAUAGUGACUUCGAUCAGGCUAACAAAGAAGAAGAAAACGUUUCUGAGGACUACACAGCAGCUACGUGA